AUGUCUGGUGUUUGGGUGUUUGACAAGAACGGCGUGGCUCGGUUGAUAAGCAACCCAACGAGAGAGUCCUUCCAGCAAAAAGAACCGUCAAACCCAGGCACAGCCACUGCACCCGGUGCUCGACCCCGGGUCCUUGUCUUUCUUCCUGCCAACCAAGUAAUCCGCUCCUACGCUGAACUCGAGGAGAGGCUCAUCGAACUCGGAUGGACUCCUUACCACAACCUCAACCGACCAAACCUUCUCCAAUUCCACAAGUCCGAGGACUCCGCACAUCUCAUUUCGCUUCCUAAGGAUUUCGCCAACUUCAAAUGUCUUCACAUGUACGAUAUCGUAGUCAAGAACCGCUCUUACUUCGAAGUUCGGGACGCAUAGAGAUUAAAGUGCGUGUUUGUUUGAUGUAAUCAUCGACACUUACAUGAACCAUAAUAAAAAAAAAUGUAAGGUGUCGAUGCUUUGUUUUAGAAGUUUCAAAGCUAAGUUAGGCAUUUUUGUAUCCUUCCAUGGCACCAUCGUGUUCGUGUCUGCAGUUAGGUACUUGCUUAGUUGUAAUAUGAAGAAAAAUCAUCUUGCCAAUGUGUAUCUGCUGAAUGCCGAUCAUGUUAUAUUGAUUG